AAGCUGUUAAACCUUAGAUUUUUAAUCACAGGUGGAUCUGUAGUAAUCUGCACUUAGCAUGGGUUUACUUAAAGCAUAUUACUGGUAUGAGAGAGGGGCUCAGAACCCUGACCUAAGGGUUAGGUUUUUUUUAGGAGAGCACAACAAACAAUGAACAAACUCACAGCCAAGAUAUCUCCUUCCUCCGGACCCCUACCCAUCACACUUCACCUGCCUGCACCAGUAAGUGAGAAGGAUCCCCAGGAACAGAACUUAGUUGAGGAUGAAUCUGAUGCAGAAAGACCAUUUAAACGUUGCUGCACUCGAUGGCCAUUCCGAGCUGUACGGAGGGUGACCUGUGGCCUCAUUUUAGGGGCUUGUGUGGCUGUUUCCUGGGCCUGGGGUACUCACAGUGCUAAAGAAACUCUGAUAAAACAUCCAACCCCUUUCUUUAUCAUUUGGUUCUGUAGCAUCUGGAACAUUCUCUUUUUUCCCUUCUACUAUCUGUGUCAUCUUCUCACGGAGAAACAGAAGCAGUUGCCAACCACCGAGUUCAGAAAAUGUAGUCAAUUCCUGGGUGAAGAACUGACCGUUAGGAUUGUUCUGAAAGGAGCAGCUCCAUUCUCUGUGCUAUGGAGUUUAUCUGGUUAUUUGUACUUAUUGGCGCUUUGCCGCAUAUCCAAAGUGGACGUAAGUGCCGUUCUCUGCUGCAGCCCAGCUUUUACUUUCCUCCUUUCAUGGAUCGGACUCAAGGACCGCUUCAUGGGUGUCAGGGUAGUAGCUGCCGUCCUGUCCAUUACUGGCAUUGUUAUUUUGGUCUAUGGGGAUGGUUUUCACAGCGACUCAAUCACAGGAGUGGCACUGGGAGUUGGCUCAGCUUCAACUUCUGCUUUAUUCAAGGUGCUUUUCAGAAAGCGUGUAGGGAAUGUCCAUCCAGGCCCUGCCAGUGUGUUACUCUCCUGCGUGGGUCUGUGUAGUUUCGUCCUCCACUCCUGGGUGUGUGUAUUACUUUAUUUCACACAUGUGGAAUACUGGCCUCCCUCCCAGCACAUCCCCUGGGAUAAACUCUUUGUCAUGGCUUCUCUACUGCUUGUUUUCAAUGUGCUGGUAAAUCUGGGAGGAAUGUUUACGUACCCCAGUUUAAUUUCUCUGGGAAUUCUCUUGACCAUCCCAGCGAGUGCAGCUGUAGAUACAUUUGUGACCGUAACUCUGCACAUUAGCCAUGUGCGAGCAGCAGCAGCCAGCAUCAUCUCAGCAGGGUAUCUCAUGCUGCAGCUUCCAGAAAACUGGGAUGAGAGCACUUUGCGCUGGCUCAGCACACUGUGGCGUGGAAACUGGCGAGAGGACAGUGUCCUUGGAGAGGAGACUGUAGGGGACCCUGCUGGGAUUGCACGAGCAAAACCCAAACCAGCCAUAUUGGCACUCAGCUGAGACUAUUAUUAGAACAAUUGAGCGUUGG